CCAAGUUGUCUGCGCAGUCUCAUUUUCCACGUUAUUCCUGUAAUGAUUCCGUCCUCCCACCCCUACCAGCAGUUACGGGGCUGGAUGCAGAGCCCAACUCGGGCCACAGAGGAGCAGCAAGAACCCAGGGCAACGUCCUGUGAGUGGAAUGCUCGUGGGAGAGAGAAACGGAAUGAACAGAAAUAUUUACGAAGCACUUUUUACAGAGGACUCAGGCUGUGCCUGAGGAGGUGGGGGUGAGGGCCGGUGACAUUUGGACAGUCGUGGUUAAACGUGAUCCCGUCAGCACCCGCUGGUCCUUCUUGAACUUGAUAACCUCGGUGAAAACGCCCAGCGUUGGAGAAAUUCAAGGGGUGGCUGUUGUAAUUCACAUUUCGCCCUUAGCCUUUCCUCUUCGCGCUGGGAAGAAGCGCUGAGCACCGCGGCUCCGCCAGGGGGCAGGAGAAGUCACAUUACACAGGGAAUGUUUUUUAAAAAAUUUCCCAACUUUUUCCCCCAAACUGUGUUCCUCCUCAAGAAACCGAAUCCUCCCGCUGCAGCGUCCCAGGAGCCCGCCCCUCGCCCGCCGCCUCCCCUGCGCCCCGGCCCCGCGCAGCCGCCGCGCUCCUACGCGCCGAGGUCCGAGGUCCGCGAGAUGAAGGUCUGGCUGCUGCUCGGUCUACUGCUGGUGCACGAAGCGCUGGAGGAUGUUACUGGCCAACACCUUCCCAAGAACAAGCGUCCAAAGGAACCAGGGGAGAAUAGAAUCAAACCUACCAACAAGAAGGUGAAGCCCAAAAUUCCUAAAAUAAAGGACAGGGACUCAGCCGAUUCAACACCAAAGACGCAGUCUAUCAUGAUGCAGGUGCUGGAUAAAGGUCGCUUCCAGAAACCCGCCGCUACCCUGAGCCUGCUGGCGGGGCAAAGUGUAGAGCUUCGAUGUAAGGGGAGUAGAAUUGGAUGGAGCUACCCUGCAUAUCUUGACACCUUUAAGGACUCUCGCAUCAGUGUCAAGCAGAAUGAGCGCUACGGCCAGUUGACUCUGGUCAACUCCACCUCGGCGGACACGGGUGAAUUCAGCUGCUGGGGGCAGCUCUGCAGCGGCUACAUCUGCAGGAAGGAUGAGACCAAAACAGGCUCCACCUACAUCUUUUUUACAGAGAAAGGAGAACUCUUUGUGCCUUCUCCCAGCUACUUCGAUGUUGUCUACUUGAACCCGGACAGACAGGCUGUGGUUCCUUGUCGGGUGACCGUGCUGUCGGCCAAAGUCACGCUCCACAGGGAAUUCCCAGCCAAGGAGAUCCCAGCCAAUGGAACGGACAUUGUUUAUGACAUGAAGCGGGGCUUUGUGUAUCUGCAACCUCAUUCCGAGCACCAGGGCGUGGUUUACUGCAGGGCGGAGGCCGGGGGCAGAUCUCAGAUCUCCAUCAAGUACCAGCUGCUCUACGUGGCAGUUCCCAGUGGCCCUCCCUCAACAACCAUCUUGGCCUCUUCAAACAAAGUGAAAAGUGGGGAUGACGUCAGUGUGCUCUGCACUGUCCUAGGGGAGCCCGACGUGGAGGUGGAGUUCACGUGGAUCUUCCCAGGGCAGAAGGAUGAAAGGCCUGUGACGAUCCAAGACACUUGGAGGCUGAUCCACAGAGGACUGGGACACACCACGAGACUCUCCCAGAGCGUCAUUACAGUGGAAGACUUUGAGACCACUGAUGCAGGAUAUUACAUUUGCACUGCUCAGAAUCUUCAAGGACAGACCACAGUAGCUACCACUGUUGAGUUUUCCUGACUUGGAAAAGGAAGCCUAAGGAACUUAUGGAAAGCCCAUUUGUGUACACAGUCAGCUUUGGGGUUCUUUUUAUUAGUGCUUUGCCAGAGGCUGAUGUCAAGCAGCAAACCCCAACCCCAGCAUCUUGUGAGUCCGACCCUGACAUCCAAACUAAAAGGAAGUCAUCCAGUCUAGUCACAGAAGUGUUAACUUUUCUAACAGAAAGCAUGUAUUUUGAUUGCUUACCUACAUACGUGUUCCUAGUUUUUAUACAUGUGUAAACAAUUUUAUAUACUCAUUUCUAUUAAAUGAACACGUUUUUGUAAAGAAUACAAAGUGGGAUAAGUGUUUGUUAAGUUGGCUUAAAGUAUAUCCAAAAAGACUUGGUGGUGGUGAUACGUGGGUCAGUACCAAGUAUUCUCUUUUUAUCAUUACCACAAUGUAUUAGAAUUUUAAAAUGUUCUAGAUACAGUUCAACUACUUAUCCACAAGCAACAACUCCAGAUUCAAAUGCUUAGAAAUGUCAUUUUGUCUUAGUAGCAACUUUAAAGCAAACGUGAGUUAAUUUAUGAAGGUACUGAAAAAAAUCAUGUAUGCUUCAUCUUUUUAAACUGCUGCACUCGAGGGUACUAAUUCUAGAUUAGUCUAUUCAAUAAGUACAGCAUGUUUUUAGAAGUUUAGCUUUCAAUAUGAAAUAGAUGCAUAGGUUGAGAACAUUCAACUUUUAGACUUUUUUUUUUUUUACCAUAUUCAAAAAUAUUUACCAAGUUUGUCCAAUUUUCUUACAUAGCAGAAAUUGUUAAAAUCAGCCAAAAUUUAUUUCUCAAACACACACAGAUAGCUUUGAAUUUAGAAAAGAAGAGCUUAGCCCUAACUCUAGCUCUGUGAGCCAAGUUUCAACCCAUGACCAACUAUGUGGUUGCAGUGGAAAUUCCUGGGAAAUAAACUAAGAGGAGAUACAAUCUUUACUGUGCUGUCAAAGGGCUAUAAAUUUGAAGAAUGUAAAACUGAAGAAUUUGAAGAAUGAAGUAGGUCAGAGGAUGCAAUUCUUGAGUAUUCCAGCAUUAUUUAUUUGAUCAAAGUAAAAUACACUUUCCAUCACUACAAACUGAGCACAACUACAGUUGUCUACACAUCCAUAUUUUUGACGUGCCAACAUUUUGCAUUCUACAUGAAACAUUUGGUUUAAACAAAAUCUUAAAAAUUCUCUAUUUUGUUUCCUAUCUUCUCUCCUGUUCUCUGCCAUCCUCGGAAGACGUCUUAUAUUAACUGCUAUGAGAUUUAUUUCCCAGUCACAUAAUACGGAGGAUGGCAGGGAAUAACACAAGAUUUGCCAUGUGUAGGGGAUGAAUGGCAAACCCAACUUUGGCUAAUGUCAUUGAGAACUUGGAAGCGUAAGCAGAAAUAUCCCAGGAAGUGGCAGUGACUCUACAUUUCCAUUUAUCAGAAGCAAACAUGGAAGGUUACAUAUAUGAUAAACUAUUGGAAGUUAAAGACUUAAGACACACAGUCACUAAUUUAAAAGAACAUGCAACGUGAGUAUCAACUUGCUAUGUAGUGUACAAGUAAAUGACCCAAAUAUCCACCUCUAGUAUCCUGGAUCUCUUCUUCCUACAGCGGUUAUUUGUACAGCCACUGAAGGUUGAUUAGUAAAUACUGACAUCACAAUGUUGACACAUGCAGGCAGUGGGAGAUAAAGCAACAGUUCUUCCUUCCACCUUUUCCAAAGUCUCAGGAUUAGGGGAGGUAAUAAGUUUUGCAAAGAAACUGAAAUGCAACUUGGAGGAGAGUUGGACAAGCCACAUUUUCCGCUCGUCAGCGGGCCAUUCUGCUACUAAAGACAGAGGGACUCCUCAAAGGGUACCUGAAAAAUGAGUGUGAUCCUCCCAGACUGUUUUCUUCUAUCAAAUACUGCAUCAUCAGUAAGCACUGAAUCCUACCUUUCUUAAUUAUACUAGCCCAAUGACUUCCUUUUUCUCAUUCUUUAUUCUAACAUUUCCCAAAAUCUGUAGUAUCAAAUCCAGGCUUUAGUUUAUUUGGAAAGUGGUUUCAGCACCUGGAAGAUGAGCUGGCUCUGGGGCUCUGGAAAAUCAUAUUCCUUUAUCCUUAUCCCAGAGAAACGUACGUAGGAGGUAGAAGGUUUGCUUUUGUGGCUCUGGAUGGUGGAGAAAGGUAAAAAGGAAAAUGAAAAUAAUGGGAGAGAAGAAGACAGGUUAAAUCUGCAAGGAUAGAUCAAGGUAAAAAUAAGGCGGAAAAACCCAUUGGUACUGCCCUUUUUCUUUUUACAGUUUUUAAUAGAAAAAUUAGGAUUCUACAUUUACACAUAGCCUGAGAAAACGAAUAACAGGAUAGUGUUAGGCUCACAUGGGUAAGUAAAAAAUCUACAGAAAAAUCUAGUUUCAACUGACAUGGCUGAACACUGAAAAACUGCCAAGAAGUUACCCCCAAAAGAUACAGAGAAUGUAUAGACAGGGACAAGUCAGAGCUUUCCCUGUCACACCCUCUCCCUACCCUGUUACAGCGCUGAGCAGAGUUGGUGGUAGAUGAUCAUAAUUCAAGCAACGAUUGCUGUUUCUUCUAUGGCUUUGGCUGAAAUGUAUAUGCUGAUUAUUUGAUUAGUACAUAUCCAGAUAUAUUCAGAUUUUGACAUUUAAUACACAGCAAAGGAGGCUGCAUCAGACACAUGACACUGUGACAUCCAUUUCAUUCACACCCCCCCACCCCCA